GUUAGGUGUAUCUCUCAAUUUUCUUCACUUCACUUCACUUGCCGUCUCUUUGUUCUUACAAUGGAGGUCUCAGACGAAGACGACGAGCACGUUUUCCUUGUUUGUACUAACACUGAUUCAAUCCAAACAGCUGAAACCCUAAAGGAUGAGAUUCUCGUGUCCACCGCUGAUAUUCUCUCUUGGGAUCUCCCAACGAUUCUCACUUUUCCGACGAUUAAAGUUCAGGCACAUUCCAAUAUGCUCAUUGAACAAUCUAUGUAUUUCCGCGGCCUCCUCAGUGGGAACUUCAGUGAAUCAUGCUUGGGCUCUAUCUCUAUCAAUUGGAAUGUGAGCGAAUUUUUGCAAAUUCUUAAGCAUAUGUGUGACUGCGUUUUGGAUAUUACGUUGGAUAAUUUCUUCCCUCUUUAUGAGGGUGCGCUUUAUUUUGGAGUGGAAUCACUUCUCUUGAAGUGUGAGAUGUGGCUUUCUGAGGUGUUCUCACCCGAAGGAUUUCAAUCUACUCAAAUACAAAUGGAGGACUUGAUCCAAAUUUGGAAUUUUGGCUCAGAUCGUGCCAGGGACUAUAUCGUGCACUUAUGCAUGGGCUACCUAGCAAGAAAUUUUAUGUGGGCAAAGCGUAGCGAAUUUUUUGUAAAACUUCCAUAUGACCUGCUGCUAUCUUCUGUAAAGCACCCUCAGUUGACUGUUGACAGUGAACUGCAUCUUUCUGAUGCACUUCUUCUCUGGCUUGAAAGUAACUUGGAAAAUUUGGAGAGGCCAAUCAAAACUGAAGACAAUUGCAUCGGAAUUUUGAAACAAAUUCGUGUGGGCCUUUUGCCUUUGUGGUUUGCUCUAGGAAAAAGAAACUCUUUUUAUUUUAGACAGCUGGCUGAGGAAAGCCUUGAUUCAAUUUUCAGACUACUAAAUAUUGUUCCUAUGGGUUCACUGGGUACUUUCAAGUAUAGUGACUUGGAUCAUCUCAGAAUUAGGUUGACAGAAUAUUCUAAGAAAGUGAACCUUUCUGGUUGCCCGCAAAUACCAUCUACUAUACUUUGUCUGUCACUCAUCCCUCAAUCAUAUUUAACAGAUCCCAUGCAAGAGAAGAUUAUAGAAAAGUUGUUUUUUAAUUGUAAACAUCCUGUAAGAGAUAGAUGGGUGUUCCCACAAAAUCUGUCAGAAGAAACCUUGACCUUUGAAGCAGUUCAGGAGGUGGAUAUCUCUAAGUGUCGAAAUUUGCAUGUUGAACAUGCUGUUGAUUGCUUCCGCAAGUCCUUUCCUUCUUUAAGAACAUUGAAAGCAGGUUAUCUUUUGAACAUUGGGACAACCAGUUUCCUUCAGUUAUUGGAGAAAUGUCCGUUGGUUUGUGAAAUUGACAUGACUGUUGAUAUUACUCCACUGAUACCAGCAUCAGUUACAGUUUUAUCCUCUAGUCCCGCUGAGGUACAGCCAGUACCAGAGAAGACCUCUAGUGCUAAAUAUCAAGCAGUGCAAAUCAUGUCAUUUAAUGAAUUUGGACCUCCUCUUUCUAAUGUUACAAAACUCACAUUGGAUGGAAGAACUGAUGUCAGUGAUUUGGGUCUCCAUUACAUCUCCAAAUUAUGUGUUUCAUUGUGUCACCUGAAUAUUAAAGGAUGCAUUUCUGUUACUGAUAUUGGCAUAUCUGAUCUCAUUUCCACGUGUAAAAAACUUAAUUCAAUUGUGGUUUGUGAUACUUCAUUUGGGAUAAAUGCUGUUCAAGCUCUUUGCUCAGCUAUUUCUGAUAGUGGCAACACCUCUCUACAUUCUAGAGAUAAGCGUUUGAAUUCUGUGGUGUCUAAUUUUGAAACAUUACACAUGGGUGGCUGCCAGGGUGUUUCAAAGUCAUCUCUAAUCGAGCUUAUGUCUCAAACGCAAGUUUUGAAGAGUUUAUGCCUGAGAGGAACUGAUCUGGUUGACCAGGCACUGUAUAAUUUUGUAGGUUCUUCCUUGGAGAUGCUUGAUAUUUCAAAUACUAAGAUUUCUGGGGCUGCAUUAACUCAUGUUAUUCAAGGAAAUCCAAGUUUAAAGUGUCUGAAAGCAAGAGACUGUCGAAAUUUGUUUCCUGGAGACAGUUGUACUGAAAAAAGGGAAUCUGAUUUACCCUCUUUGCAUGAAAAACUACAUGCUGAGUUAGGAAAAAUGAAUAGAUUGGAAGAGAUUGAGUUUGGAUGGGGCUUUUCUUUCAUCUCUUUUAGUUCUCUGGAAUCUGCACUGAUGUCAUUAAAGGCCAUCAACAUUGGUUUAGGUGGAAUGCUAGGUGAAGAUGCUUUGAAACGGUUACCUGCAAUCUGUCCCUUGCUAGAAACAAUAAUCCUUCAUUUUCAGGUAAUAUCUGAUAUAAUUGUGAUGAACUUUUUUGCAUCCCUGAAAAACUUGCAAGUAUUAGCCAUGUGCUAUUGUUUUGGUGAUAUAUCCAUGUCAAGCUUCAAAUUCCCGAUGCAAAAUCUGAGAAAGUUGAGGCUUGAAAGAGUAACCCCUUGGAUGACAAAUGAUGAUUUGGUCGUUCUAACUCAAAACUGUAGAAAUUUGGCUGAGCUUUCAUUGCUUGGGUGUUCUCUUCUUGACUCAGACUCUCUACAGAUAAUUUCGUGUGGGUGGCCAGGCUUGGUCUCUAUUCAUUUAGAGGACUGCGGAGAAGUAACAGCUAAUGGGGCCUCUGCUCUUCUUGACUGCAAAGCUCUUGAAGAUAUCCUGCUGCGUCAUAAUGGCCCUGGGCUAUGCAGAAACUUCAUUUGUUAUGCUGCUUCAGAGAUGCCAUUGCUUCGAAAAUUGUCACUGGAUAUAUGCGAUGCAAGGGAAGGCGAUUUUGACAUUCCAAAUUAUGCAGGCAGAUACUUUUUGAGUACCUUAAAAAUAGCAAGAUGCAAAUCUCAGAGAUGUGCAUUUAAUAACCCAGCCUCUACCUCAGGGGCUCGCAGUAGAUCAGUGCAUAUGGAAACGCUGGUGCUCGUGUGGAACAGCAGAGAUCUCAUCAGAACAGUGGUGAAGGAAAGGCUUUAGUAAUCUUAGAAUUGUGCUCAUAUUUAUGCAUUUAUUAUUUAUUGUAUCAAGUAGAGCUAGGUAUAUGGAUAAGGCAGUCCACAAAAUGAAAAACUCAAGAAAUUCGUAUUUCAAAUGGAUUAUUUUUACCAA